AGAGCUAUAAGCUAACACACAGUGCUUGUCACACUUUAAACAAUUUGUAAAUAAACAAAAAGAGACUAAUGCAAACUUCUUUCAACGUAUAAAGCUUUACAGUUUUUUUAAUUAUUAUUUAAAGUCAUCGAUUUGGAAGGAACAAUAUGGCUUCCAAAUCUUCGUCUGAGAAACCUAAGUCUAGAAGUUAAUUUAAAAUUGUGGGAUCCCCAAAAUUGUAAAUUAUGCAGAUAGGGAAUCAGAUGAAGAUUCCGUUGAAGAAGAUAUCAGAAGGAAGGUUUUAGUGAAAGAUUAAAAUUCUGACAUUAGUAUGGGUAAAACUAAAAGCAAACAAAAAACUCUUACUAAGAAAAAUAAAGCCAAUGUUUCAGACAAUGAUGCUACAGAGGAAAAUAACAGUAAGGCACAGAAAAUGAAAGAAGCCCCAAGAAAAAAUAAGCGUAAGUUAUCAACUUCAGACUCCGAAAAUGAAGAUAAUUCUGACGUAAGUAUACGUCAGACUAAAGACAGGAAAAAAUCGUCAAAGCCUAAAUCUAUAAACUCCAUAAAAAGUGGAAACUAUGCAGAUAGGGAAACAUCAGAGGAAAAUUCUGAUGAAAGCAUGAGUGAAACUGAAAACAAACACAAAUCUCUAACAGCAAAAAGUAAAAAAACCAAUGCUUCAGAUGACGAUGCUAUAGAGAAAGAUAAGAGAAAGGUACAGAAAAAGAAAGAAGCCCUAAAAAAAAGUAAGCGUAAGUUAACAACUUCAGACUCCGAAAGUGAAGAUAAUUCUGAUGUAAGUGUACGUCAGACUAAAGACAGGAAAAAAUUGUCAAAGACUAAAUCUAAAAGAUCCUUAAAAAGUGGAAAUUAUGCAGAUAGAGAAACAUCAGAGGAAAAUUCUGAUGAAAGCAUGAGUGAAACUGAAAACAAACACAAAUCUCUAACAGAAAAAAGUAAAAAAGCCAAUGCUUCAGAUGACGAUGCUAUAGAGAAAGAUAAGAGAACGGUACAGAAAAAGAAAGAAACCCUAAAAAAAAAUAAGCGUAAGUUAACUUCAGACUCCGAAAGUGAAGAUAAUUCUGAUGUAAGUGUACGUCAGCUUAGAGACAGGAAAAAAUCAAAGCCUAAAUCUAAAAGAUCUUUAAAAAGGGUAAAUUAUGCAGAUAAGGAAACAUCAGAGGGAAAUUCUGAUGAAAGCAUGAGUGAAACUGAAAACAAACACAAAUCUCUAACAGCAAAAAGUAAAAAAGCCAAUGCUUCAUAUGACGAUGCUAUAGAGAAAGAUAAGAGAAAGGUACAGAAAAAGAAAGAAUCCCUAAAAAAAAGUAAGCGUAAGUUAACAACUUCAGACUCUGAAAGUGAAGAUAAUUCUGAUGUAAGAGUACGUCAGACUAAAGACAGGAAAAAAUCGUCAAAACCUAAAUCUAUAAGCUCCAUAAAAAGUGGAAACUAUGCAGAUAGGGAAACAUCAGAGGAAAAUUCUGAUGAAAGCAUGAGUGAAACUGAAAACAAACACAAAUCUCUAACAGCAAAAAGUAAAAAAGCCAAUGCUUCAGAUGACGAUGCUAUAGAGAAAGAGAAGAGAAUGGUACAGAAAAAGAAAGAAACCCUAAAAAAAAAUAAGCGUAAGUUAACAACUUCAGACUCCGAAAGUGAAGAUAAUUCUGAUGUAAGUGUACGUCAGCUUAGAGACAGGAAAAAAUCAAAGCCUAAAUCUAAAAGAUCUUUAAAAAGGGUAAAUUAUGCAGAUAAGGAAACAUCAGAGGGAAAUUCUGAUGAAAGCAUGAGUGAAACUGAAAACAAGCACAAAUCUCUAACAGGAAAAAGUAAAAAAGCCAAUGCUUCAGAUAACGAUGCUAUAGAGAAAGAUAAGAGAAAUGUGCAUAAAAAGAAAGGAGCCCUACAAAGAAGUAAGCGUAAGUUAACAACUUCAGACUCCGAAAGGGAAGAUUAUUCUGACUCCAAAAGUGAAGAUUAUUCUGAAUCUGAAAGUGAAGAUUAUUCUGACUCCAAAAGUGAAGAUUAUUCUGACUCCGAAAGUGAAGAUAAUUCUGACAUAGCUAUGCGUGAGACUAAAGGCAGGAACUCUGAAAGUGAAGAUAAUUCUAAUGUAAGUAUACGUCAGCUUAGAGACAGGAAAAAAUCACGUCAGCUUAGAGACAGGAAAAAAUCAAAGCCUAAAUCUAAAAGAUCCUUAAAACGUGUAAAUUAUGCAGAUAGGGGAUCAUCAGAUGAAAAUUCUGAUGUAAGUAUGUCUGAAACUGAAGAUAAACACAAAUCUCUUACAGCAAAAAGUAAAAAAGCCAAUGUUUCAGAUGAAGAUGCUAUAGAGAAGGACAACAGUAUAGUACAGGAAAAGAAAGAAGUCUUAGCUAAAAAUAAGCGUAAAUUAGCAACUGCCGUCGAAAGUGAUGAUGAAAAUGCAGGUGCACGUGAAACUAGAGGUAAACACAAAUCUCUUACAGAGAAAAGUAAAAAAGCCAAUGUUUCAGAUGAAGAUGCUCUAGAGAAAGACGACAGUAAAGUACAGGAAAAGAAGGAAGUCUUAGCUGAAAAUAAGCGUAAAUUAACAACUACCGGCGAAAGUGACGAUGAAAAUGCUGAUGCAAGUGCACGUGAAACUAGAGGUGAACACAAAUCUCUUACAAAGAAAGGUAAGGAAGCCAGUGUUUCAGAUGAAGAUGCUAUAGAGAAAGACAACAGUAAAGUACAGGAAAAGGAAGAAGUCUUAGCUAAAAAUAAGCGUAAAUUAACAACUGCCGUCGAAAGUGACGAUGAAAAUGCUAAUGUAAGUGCACGUGAAACUAAGGGUAAACACAAAUCUCUUGCAGAGAAAAGUAAAAAGGCCAAUGCUUUAGAUAAAGAAAACAAAAAAGUGCAGAAGAAGAAAGAUUUGACUAAAAGUAAGCGUAAGUUUGCAGGCUCAGACUCAGAAGAAAAUUCUGAUGUAAGUAUGCGUGAAAUUGUAGAUGAAGACGAAUCUCUUACUACGAAAAGUAACUCUAGUGAUAGUGAUUCAAGUGUAAACAACUAUUUGCAAGGAAAUAGGCGUUUGAAUGCCUCGAAAGAAGAAGUAAAAAGAGCCACCUGUAAGAAAUGUGGGACUUCAUUUAAGACAGAUCUCCAACUUACUAAUCAUAUACGUUUAGUACAUUCUUCAGUAGUGCAGAAGUGCGUCAUUUGUGAUGAAAGAUUUAAACAAUAUCAAAGUUAUAUUUUUCAUAUGAAAUCUUAUCACCCAGAAAUUGAGCGUUAUCCCUGCAAAUAUCCAAGAUGUGAAUCUAGUUUUCAUACUGUAAAAAAACUUCGAGAUCACGAAAAAGUACACUAUAAAUAUAUGUGCCGAUAUUGCAAAAAAGGUUAUGCUGUGAAAGAUAGUAUGCUUGAACACGUAGAUCAAGUACAUUUGUGACAUUUCUCUUCUCGUAAGGCAUUGAAUUUUAGAUUUUGACAUUUUCUCUGACUGCAUUCAUACUUUCAGUACAUUCUUAAAUUCCACACAAUUCAAGUAUUCUAAACACUUGUGACUCAGUUUGUGUAGUGGGUUCAAUCUUUGCCUACCAUAAUCUGAUGGGAGGUUCAAUUCCUCAUAUACUCAUAUUUUUCAUAAUACUGUGUACAACAUUGCUACUGGUCUUAAAAGAUGAAAUCAUAACCUGGUUGUUGUUAAAGAAGAAGUUAUUAUGCAAUUUUCUCAGCAAAAAAAAAUUUAAAAAAUCAUGCUUUCAAAAAAACCAAUCUCUAGGUACUCUUUUUUUUAAUACAUUAUUUGAAUUACUUUUUAUUAAAAGUUUAGUUUUAAACUCCGUCUGUCUCGUAAAAAACUUUGUUUACUCUGGUUGGCAAGUAAACAAACAAUUCACCAUAUAACAGCUUUCGACAUAAGAUAAAUUGUGUACAAUAUCCGUGAAAAAUUGCAUUAAUUAUCAAUUAUGGCAUAAGAAUGGCAAAACAGGCAUGUAAACUAUCGACUACUUGUAAAUGAAAAAUUUCUCAAUGUCUGAGGAAUUAUUAUUUUUAAAUUUUGGAAUUUACAGAAUUUAACUAUGUACUUAUUGGUAUUGCAAAUACUAUAUUUUACAAUAUCAUAUAUCAUUGUAUAUUAAUAUGUAUCAUGUAUAUUCUUAUGAAAUAUCUAAUGGUUGGAACAAUUUGUUUUUAUAUUUCCUUUUUCUUUCACAAUUUUAAAAUGUUAAUUUUUUGGCAAUCUGUGUGAUUAGCAAUAAAUAUAUAUUUAGAUCAGUGUUUCCCAAAGUGUGGUACAUGUACUCUCAGGGGUAUGGGUUCUUUUGCAACAUAUCUUGCAACAAACAAAAAUUUCAAAAAAUUUUAUUUAAAAGCAAAGCUAGCCAUGAAAAUUUGCGAUUACUUAUUUUUCUAUAGGCUAUUUCUUGCAGAGUGCUGUCCACAGCCAGUUGUGAUUUUUAACUUUUGUGCAAUAUUUUUAUAGUAAAAAAUACAUUCAUUUUUUUAUUAGUGUUACACAGCAUUACGAAAAAUUUAGAACGGGUACACAAAAGUCAUAAGUUUUGGAGACACUGAUUUAGAUAAUGGAAUGACCUUUUAUUUAUCAAUAAGUCUUUAGUGGACUAAUGCCUGGUCCUUUUGGAUAGCAGAUUAAAGCCUGAAAAGGAGAUAACAAUUGAAAAUAUCUAUUUUUAAAAAAAUUCCCUGAAAUAUAGAAUAAAAAACACUUUUUUUUCUGUCUAAUGUUGGAAGUUUUGAGAUUAAAGCUUUAAAUGCUAAAAGAAAAGAUAAAAUUACCACAUUUUAAGAAAGUACUACUAUGAAUUCUGUUAAUCUCACUGCAUACAGAUGAACAAAAUUAACACUGAAAUCAGAACACAUGAGUAUUAUAUCUCAAAAUAAGAUUA